AAUAUGUAGCUCAUGUAAACAACCUUUUUUAUUUGCCUUAGAUUUUUGGUUUGUGUUCUUUCUCAUUUAGUAGUUUAGUGUAAUUCGUCUAAGCUGUAGGUCGCUCCCAACCUAACUUGGACUUUGUUUUAUUCAGGAAGAUAGAUAUAAAGGAUAUAAUUGGUCAAAGUUUUAAAGACUUUAAAUCAAUUUCGACAAAUUAAUUAUGGCUAAAUCAAAUGGAGCUCGUGUCUGUAUUAUUGGUGCUGGGAUUGCUGGUCUUACUUCUGCAAAAUAUUUAAAAGAUGAAGGAAUAGACUUUACAGUACUAGAAUGUUCAUACUAUGUAGGUGGUAUGUGGAGAUAUGAAGGACGGCUACUUUGUGAUUCAUUUGAAUCAAUAUUGCACACAUGUUGUUUUGGGGAUUUAAGAUUAAAUUUGCCACAUCCUGCAAUGGAACUGAGUGGAUACCCUAUGCCAAAAUAUAUGCAUUUUUUUCCUAGUGCCGAAAUAUAUUACUACUAUAUCCAACGUUAUGCAGAACAUUUUAACUUAAUGGAGCAUAUACAGUUGCUUCAUAAUGUUACAUCAGUGAGGCGGGAAGGAAACGUAUGGAAAGUGAUAUACAACAAAGUACGAAAUAAAACAGACCACGAAGAAGAAUACGAUUUUAUUAUUAUAGGAACUGGUCACUUCAGUAAUGCUAAUGUACCUAAAUUUCCAAAUGAAGAACUUUUUAAAGGAGUUAUAUUGCAUAGCAAAAACUACAGAGUACCUAGUGUAUACGAAAAUCAUCGUGUUUUAAUUGUCGGAGCGGGAACUUCAGCAUGGGAUAUUAUCAUAGAUAUGCUUAAGUACGCUAAGACAGUGGUGCACAGCCACCAUUCUAAACAAAACAUUAAAACGAAGUUCCCAGACCAAUAUAUAAGAAAACCAGAUAUCAAAGAAUUUAAAGAAAAUGGAGUCGUUUUUGUUGACGAUACUUAUGAAGAGAUUGACGAUGUUAUUUAUUGCACUGGAUUUAGCUAUACAUAUCCUUACUUGGACCCAUCAUGUGGGUUAACAGUCAACAAAGACCAUGUGCUCCCCUUGUACAAACGCCUUGUGAAUAUAAAUGAACCAAGUAUGGUGGUACUGGGGCUGGUGAGGCGCGCCUGCCACGUCGUAGCUUUAGACGCUCAGGUUCGUUACACCACUGCACUUUUAAAGGGUGAUUUCAAACUGCCCUCCAAGGAGGAAAUGAUGAAUGUUUGGCAGAAGGAAGUUGAUAAUAUUAACUGUAAUGGACGACCCAUGUCUGAUUUACAUUUGUUAGGAGAUAAAGAGGAUCAGUAUUACAGGGAACUGAGUGAUGAAUCUGGUAUAGAACGAGUGCCCCCUGUCAUGUCUAAACUACGAAAUGUCAGCAAUGAAACGAAACUGGAAAACUUAUUCACUUACAGAGACUAUAUUUAUGAAAUGAUUGAUGAUAAAUCUUUUAGAAGAACUGAACGUGUAAAAAAACGUGAAAGAUUGGAUGGAAAAGUGGCAGAGAGUAUUGUGUUUGUUGCGGAUGAUGGUUAGUAAUCACAUGGCUUGAUUCUACUAUUAGUAGAACUACUAGUAGACUAUUAAACUACUAAACUAUUAUUAUAUGUGCUUGUAUUUUGAUAAAAAAAAUAUGUAUUUACUUACCGAUAAAUAUUAAUAUUGGAAAAAAAAUGUUAGAAUUGAACUAGUCGUAAAGUAGCAGUAUUUAUUUUUGUUGUUGUAAGUAAAAUAUAAUUAUUUUUGAAGAGUGUUUAAAAAACACGUUAAUCUUUUUUUUGUUGUUUAUUUAUUUUUACGUAAUAUGUUUAAUCAUUAUACUCGUCUUUAUGACAUGCAUUUACAGUUUUAUUAAGUUUAAUGUUUUAACAUUAUAAGCCAUGUUUGAAGUUAUGUAUUUAUUUUUAAUAAUUAUUGCCUUAAAGGUAUGACGUUCUCUAACAUUGUGGCAUUUAUAUUGUCUUUUUUAAAACUUAUUAUAUAUUGUUACUUAAUGUCUUAAUUUGUGUUACAAUAUGG